AUGUCAACUUGUUCAUCGAAAGAACGCCCGGUAGAGCCGGACAGAGUCUUGGAAAAGCUCUCGAUAGAGCUUUGUCCGGUGCAAGACGAUCCCAAAUCGUGGUCUGAUGGGAAAAAGGAGUAUUUUGGGGCGAGCGAUCGUAAGAUGGCGUUGACGGUAUCGUUACCAAUCUUAUUUCAAGGCCUGUGCCCCAUCUUCUGGACGAUUGUUGCAGAGCUUGUCGGUAAAAAGCUCGGAGUCAUUGCUAGUGCCGUCGCCUCGAGGGCAAUGUCCAUAGAUGUCCUAGUCGGAAUGCGUGUCUUGCAAUUCGUCGCAGCCGCUCCGAUGCUCAGCCUAGGCGCCGGAUCCCUGGCCGAGUGUUACGACGCCCACGAGCGUGGUUUCAAGAUGGGCAUCUACUAUGCCAUACCCCUCAUGGGACCGACAAUCGGACCGCUACUCGGUGGCGCAUUGGGCAAGGCCGGGGGAUGGAGAUCGACAUUUUAUUUCCUGGUCGCUAUAUAUUGCCUCGGUCUAGGCGGAUUCUUUGCCUUUCCGGAGCCGUGGAGAAAGGAACGAUCGAAAGUUUUUCAGCAGGCUCGGCAAAAGGCGCUGAGUCGAGCCGAAUCGUUAUCGGGAUCAACAGCCUCAAUCAAGAUCCAGGACGUCAAUCCCGUUCCAAUAGUCUGGGCGGUCGUACGGGUGCCGCGGAACACUGCCGUUUUGAUCGUCUCCGGCAUCUUGUUUGCAGCGCAGUACACCAUCUUGUACACCACAACCAAGACAUUAUCAAGCCACCCCUAUCGGUACGAUUCCAUGAAGAUCGGACUCGUCCAGAUGCCGUUCGGGAUCGCUAGCAUGAUUGGAAGCGUCGUGGGAGGCAAGCUCUGUGAUCGGGCGCUUGGCAAGAGUGCAGAGCACGAAGCGAGGAUACGGGCCAUCAUCUGGGCAGUCGUGCCACUCGUCCUCGCCCUGGCAGCUUACGGAUGGCUAGCCCAGCUCGGUAUGCACGUGGCGUCUCUUGUUGUCAGUCUUUUUGUAGUGGGUGCAUCCCUGAUGUUGAUGUAUUCGGGCAUAACAUCGUAUCUAGUGGAUUGUAAUGCGGGCAAUGGAUCCACCGUGAUUGCCGUGAACGGUCUCUCGCGAGGAAUUCUGGGUUGCGUCCUGUCGCAAGUAGCUGCGCCUAUUCGAAGCGCUAUCGGGGACGGAGGAUUGUACAGCAUCAUAGCUGGUCUGGUCGCCGGAUCUGGGCUCGUUUUGUUGCUGGUCGUAAAAUCGGCCCGACGAAAUGCCCCAUCCAUAUGA